AUGGCGGUUGGCGAAGACUGGUCGUGCGACGCAAACGAUGCGCUUCAUAUCACGGUCGUGCAGCCUGGCGACACCAAACCUAAGACCCUGUCAACCUUCCAUCCACAAUUCACCUAUCCGAUCUUCGGUGACGAUGAACAAAUCUUCGGUUACAAAGGCCUAGUCAUACGCUUGCGAUUCGCCGCUCACGAUCUCCGCCCUCAUGUCCACAUAUCCUAUGACGACAGAUUCAAGGCAGUCGAUGACACGGCCGCGACGGAUCUGCUAGGUACUCUUAAGCCGUUCAUCCCCGAAGAGGCGUUGAUCAAUCUUCCGGAAUACGAGAAGAAUGUCCAGGAGGACCCCGGCGCAAAGGACUUCUCUCCGCCCGGAAAGUUAGUCUACAGUUAUGAUGUGAAUGAGAGGAAUUACGAGAUCUGGGCAGGUUCUCUCGCGAACCCCGCCGUUCAAAAGAUUCUGGAUCGCGCACAGGUCCUGGUUUCUCUUUUCAUCGAAGCCGGCACUCCCUUGGAUACGGAUGACCCCGAAUGGAGCUUGGAGCGAUGGACGGUAUUCUUUGUCUAUGAAAAGGUGAAGCCAACCACGCCAACCGCAUCCUCAUACUCCAUCGUCGGAUAUGCUACAACCUACCGAUACUGGAUGUACCAGCGAGAUCGUUCAGAGACCCCAGUCGUAAAGGAUGUCGCAUUCCCUUUGCCGGAGCUCAAGAUCUCCGAACUCCCAGCCCGACUUCGCAUCGCCCAGUUCCUCAUCCUUCCAUCCCACCACCGAUCGGGCCACGGCACCCAUCUUUACACAACAAUCCAUGCCUUUUGCCUGGCGGACCCCACAAUCACGGAAUUGACUGUCGAGGAUCCCAACGAAGCGUUCGAUGCUCUCCGGGACUCCGCUGACUUUUGCCUGCUGCGCCCCGAAUUUCUCAAGCACAACGUGAAUCUUAACCCCGACCCGAAUGGGAUUUACUCUGGCAAGAAGCGCCCGACAGUGGUUCCUACCAAUGCGCUUAUCCCUACCCAGACCCUUCGCGAAGUGCGCACCGCCUUCAAGAUCGAAGCAACUCAGUUUGCACACAUCCUGGAGAUGUACCUACUGAGCCAGAUCCCCAAGAGUCAUCGCUUGGCCGGUGGUACCAAUCUUGCACGAUUAUUGAUUAAGAAGUCCAAGGCUGAUAACCCCGAUGACCGACGGUACUACUGGUGGCGCAUGCUCACCAAACAACGCCUUUACAAGAAGCACCGAGAGUUGCUUGAUGAAUUGGAUCUGACCGACCGGGUAGAGAAGCUGGAUGACACUGUUCGAAAUGUCGAGGAAGGUUAUGAAAUUACACUCGGAGCUCUCGAGGGACGCUUGCCCGAGCCUGAGGAUGAGCCAACAGAAGCUUCUAGCAGUGGACGGGGUAAGCGCAAGCUUGCCGUCUCUGACGAUGAAGAUGAGGAAGAAAAUGGAGCGGAGGCAGCUAAGCGCCCUAAAGUCUAG